UUUUGUCUCCCAAAAACCCUGACUCAAGCCCCCAAAAACCCUUACCACAACAUCUCCCGCCAACGACCGUACGAUUCUUGAAUUCUCUGAGAAAUACAUACAGAUUCGUAUAGAAAUUACACGUGAGAUGCACCACAGUUAUGCAGAAGGUGCUGCGCCGAAGCCCCUCUUUUUUAUCCGCUAACACUCCUCUCUCCUCCGCCGCCAAACAACUCAACCUCAUGUCUCCUUUCACCGCCGCUCUCCGCUGCCCUCACAACUUCUCUUCCGCCGCCGCCGCCCCUUGGAAAACAACGCCGCAUAGGGCAUCGAUAACUACGUGCUCUGCCAACUCGAAUAUGCAGAGAACCUCCGUGGCUGGGAAUCCGGAUUUGCUCACAAUACCUGGAGUCGGGCCCAGGAAUCUGCGGAAGCUCGUGGACAAGGGCUUUGACGGCGUCGCACAGCUUAAACAGCUCUAUAAAGAUAAGUUUUCUGGGAAAUCCAGUGAGAAAAUGGUGGAGUUCCUGCGGAGUUCGGUGGGUAUCAUACACAAGAACCAUGCUGAAAGUAUAACAACGUUUAUCAAGGAAAGUGUGGAUGAAGAGCUGAAGGAUGGUGGUGUGAGGCCAGCUCAAAAGAAGCGGAUCACUCUCUGUGUCGAAGGAAAUAUUAGUGUCGGGAAGACUACCUUCUUGCAGAGAAUAGCUAAUGAAACACUCGAGCUUAGGGAUAUUGUGGAGGUUGUUCCUGAGCCAAUUGACAAGUGGCAGAAUAUUGGUGCGGACCACUUCAACAUAUUGGAUGCUUUUUAUGCUGAGCCGGAGAGAUAUGCCUAUACGUUCCAGAACUAUGUGUUUGUCACGCGAGUUAUGCAGGAGAGGGAGUCAUCAGGCAGUGUUAAGCCCCUCAGGCUCAUGGAAAGGAGUGUUUUCACUGAUAGAAUGGUCUUUGUGAGAGCUGUUCAUGAGGCCAAGUGGAUGAAUGAGAUGGAGAUCAGUAUCUACGACUCGUGGUUUGAUCCUGUUGUUUCAAGUUUGCCCGGUCUUAUUCCUGAUGGCUUUAUCUACCUUAGAGCAAGUCCCGGUACUUGCCAUAAGCGUAUGAUGAUGCGCAAGAGAGCAGAGGAAGGCGGAGUCUCCCUUAAAUAUCUGCAAGACCUGCACGAAAAGCACGAAAGCUGGCUUUUCCCUCUCCAAACUGGAAAUCAUGGAGUAUUGUCAGUAAGCAAUGUACCUGAUGACAUUGAUUGGUCCGUACAUCCAAAGAUAAAGGAUCAGGUGUUCUAUCUGGAUGGUGGCCAUAUGCACCCGAGCAUCCAAAAGAUCCCUGCUUUGGUUCUCGACUGUGAACCGGAUAUUGAUUUCAGCAAAGACAUCGAGGCAAAGCGAGAGUAUGCUAGUCAAGUUGCUGAGUUCUUCGAAUAUGUGAAGACGAAGAAAGAAGUUUCUGCUUCUAACGAUGGGGAAGAUGCAGCAAAGGGCAGCCAGCAUCAGUUAUUGAUGCCCCAUAACGGAAAUUUGUGGAUGCCGGGUACACAGCCCUUCCCCGAAUCUGCCCUCAAGUCGCUUGGUCUUACAAGGUCCAUGUCAAUUAUGCCUCAGUAGUAGUGUAAGUAAAUUCUCUCUAUUGAAAAUUGUUCAUUUCUUCAUCUUGUAAAGAGACGCUUGUGGCAGAGCUCUUUGUAGGGUUGUAGAUUUGGUAGAUAGUGUUAAUUGUUAUUUCUGCUCUGGAAAAAACAUUUUUGCUGUCAUUUUUCAAGUUGGUCAGCAGAAUCUGAAUGCAGCAA